ACCCAAAACGAUUCGUUUUAGCCCUCCAAAGCGAGCCCUUUUCCGUCGCUCACCGACUCACUCCGUCAUUUCAUCAAACACCUCCUCCGCCCUUUCGCGCCUCACUCUCUCUCUCUCUCUCACACAAAGCCAUGUUUCGAAGAUCAAUUUUGCAAAUUUCGUGUCGUCGUGGACUUAGGAAGAUUCCGAGGUCGAUUUCAACUCAGCACGUUUCGAGAUUUCUGAGAAGGGAAUUCUCCGCCGCAGCGUCCAAAACUGCGCCGCAGCAACCUGGUGGUGCAGGCAGUUUGCCGCCGCCGCCGCCGCUGGAGAACGGCGGUUCGAGCGCCAAAGUUUUCCUUGGAAGUGCUGUUGUUGGUGCUGGGCUUGUGGGAGCUUACAAAACUGGGUAUCUAGACUCAAUUUUCGGUGCAAAAGAGAAGAUUGAUUCGCAUAAGGAAGCUGGAAUUGGUGUGGAGGAAAAACUUGUGGAAGAAGAAAAGCACGAUGAAGAAAAAGCUGGCAAUGUUGAGGAGAAGAUUGAAACUCAUUCAGAUGUUGCUCAUGUUGAGGGUUUGAGUGGAAGAGAUGGUGAAGAACAUUCUCAGGUGGAUGAUAAUAAAUCUGAGAGUGACAUAACAAGUGAGAAAGGUUUGCCUGAGUUUUCCCAAAAUGCAAAUCUUGGGUUAUCAUCUGAAGGGAAUGUAGAUGUGAAGAGCACAGAGGAAAAAACUAGUGUGGAGAUAAAUGAGGAGGUACAAACAUCGCCAAUAGUUUCGCAGACUAAUGCAGAUCAGCAGCAAGAAAAUGAGGUGAAAACAUUGCCGCAUCAACAGGAUAUCACAGAAGACAAGGCAGAGGUUGCAUUAGGUAAUAAUGAAGAACCAUCAGGUUCUCUCCUCAAGACAUAUAAUCUGAGCGAUGAGGCUGAUAAAAGCAUCACAACCAACUCUAACAAUGAAAACGAUCAAGUUUCUAAAGAAAAAGAGGCUCUCGUUGAUGCAAUUGAAGGGUUGAAUGAUGCUUACAUAUCCAAGGAUGGAAAGCUAGUUCUUGACUUCUUACAAGCCAUUCAUGCUGCUGAAAAAAGGCAAGCUGAGUUAGACGCUCGUGUUUUUUCUGAAGAAAAGAGAACGUUAAAGGAGAAGUAUGAAAAGAAACUAAAGGAUGCUGGGGUCAGGGAACUCAUGCUUGCAGAAAAGGCAGCAAUGCUAGACAAGGUUAAAGAGCUCUCUUAUAUAUCUUCUCUUUGUUUUAUUUUCAAAGACUAUCUUCUUGAAAAUGAAGAAGAAAUGAAGUUAAAAAAGGUUGAGGAAUUAGCAAAAGCAGAACUGGCAGCAGCCAUUGCAAGUGAGAAGACAACCCAGAUUGAGAAAAUGGCAGAAGCAAAUCUUCACAUAAAUGCCUUGUGUGUGGCAUUCUAUGCAAGAUCUGAAGAAGCUCGUCAGACUCACUCUGCUCACAAGCUUGCUUUGGGAGCACUUGCACUAGAAGAUGCACUUUCAAAAGGAUUACCAAUCCAGACAGAAAUAGAGGCUUUGCACACUUAUCUUGAAGGCAUUGAUAAAGAUUCAAUUUUAGAUUUGGUCCUGUCAUCUCUUCCUGAGGAAACACGAAGGAAUGGCACAGAUACCUUACUGCAAUUGAAUCAGAAGUUUGAUGCCUUGAAAGGGACAGUACGGCACCUCAGCUUAAUCCCUCUUGGUGGUGGCGGCAUUUUGGCACAUUCCUUGGCACAUAUAGCAUCCUGGUUGAAGGUAAAGGAAGUUGACCAAUCUGGGGAUGGAAUUGAAUCCAUCAUCAACAAGGUGGAGUCCUGCCUUGCUGACGGGAAAAUAGCCGAAGCAGCAGAGGCACUUGAAGAAGGCGUGAAAGGCACCCAAGCAACAGAAGUAGUGCGUGAAUGGGUGAAGCGUGCUAGGAAUAGGGCUAUCACAGACCAAGCUCUUACACUUCUCCAAUCGUAUGCUACUUCUAUCAGUGUCACAUAAAGUCCACUUCUUGAGUACGCAUACUGAGGCUGCAUAUUUGAUAUACAUAAAGGUUCUUUGGUCUAGUGUUGUAGCUCCCGGUAAUUGCCUGGUUCUGAUGUAAACAAACAAAUCAUAAUGUGUUACCGACAGUAUGAUUGAAAAUGUCACUUAUUUUUUUGGGGAGGAGGGGGGGUUAAUGUCAUGGGAAGUUUUCUGAGCAAUUGUAUUUUUCGUCUUGAGCUUGAGAAGAUUAUCUGUUACCCCCUUGAGCGGCAUUUUGUUUCAAAUGCUGCAAAAGAAUUUUGCAUGCUAUAAUGGCAUUAUAGGCUGUAGCACUGCUUCAGAACACAGUGACUAAAUUGGCCACCAUGAUAUAACA